AGGAAGGGAACGUUGAAACUCGUAAUGCACUUUGACCUGUUUGCUGUUCCCAAGAAACGCAUGAGAGCAAAUUGGGUGAUGGACACCCUGGGAAGAGGGAAGAGAAACAUUUCUCAAUGGAACUGAAACUGCAGAAGCACUGAUGAAAGGAGAACCGCAGCUUCAUCUGAUACGUGAUCUCAGCCUAAAUUUUUGGGUUCAUCCCUACAAACUGCGGUCUGCUUUUCUCGGUGCCUCAAAGCCCACGGCGCUCUAAUUUCAUCUCCUGGAAUCAAGACUGUCAAUAAAGAGCCAUAAACCAAUCGAAGCAGUAAUGUUCAGCAAGUAACCUUCUCCCGGGGACCCUCGCUAUGAUUUUUCCUUUUAGAAAAUCGUAGAGGAACGGGCACGCUUCAAAGCAACAUACAAAAGCUUUGAGCGAGGUGUUUCUCUCUGUCUAUCCCGGGCAGCCUAAAUCCCAGAGAGAUGAAUUGGUGAUGACUGGCUCAGAACAACGCUCGGAUUUCCUUUGGCAGUGGCACACGGCCCUGGAGAGUCACCUGGAGGCAGAGGUCAGCACGGCACCGCUACCGGGUUACCAGCUCCGUGACACUGCUGCUAGACAAAACGCCCUGCUAUGCAAACGCUUUUGAUGCGCUCGGUGCAUUUGAAAACGCAGUUUAACGUAAGCAAAAGCGAGUAACUGAAAGCAAUUGAGAAAGCGCCGCUUGCGUUGGAGCGAGGCUGGCGUUAAGUAACUUGGGGAGAGCGCUCGUUUAGCCAUAAACAGACGCCAGCAGGCAUGAAAAGCGGCCAAGGAACGAGUUCCAGCGAAAACCACACGCGAAGGAGCCGCGGGUACCCCUGGGCGCCUCGGUCUGACCAAAUGACUGCAAUUAACACCGCGAUCGCAGGAUGCUGGCCGUGCUCAAGCCCCGAGCUCCGCCCGGCGAACGGACGCGAUCAGGAGCUGCUGGGUGACGCGGAACGGUGAUGGGCACGAGGUGCCGCGCUGCGUGCGGCACGGCGACAGCUUCUGAUUGACAGUUAAAAGUGGGAGAAGAUCGAAGGAAGAAUUUAAAACGCGCUGCAUGCUGUUCAUUGCUGUGAGCUGGAAGAUUCCAUGUUUGUGUGUAAUCCAACAGAAACAGUCUACCGGCUACUGCCACGUUUUCCUCUAUUGGUAAACAUCAGCUGCUGCUUGCUCUUCUGGGAGGAGGAUUGAAUUACUUCCAGAUGGAGAGCUCUUUCGGCCAAUUUAAGCCAUUCCAGCUGAUUUAAGACAGCAGGCAGAAAAAAAAUGGAAUAGACCACAUGAAGAAGCACGUAAAGCUUAUUUUCUGCAAGAUGUUAUUUGGAGGACCAAAUACACUUUUGGAGACCAUCGGAGAUGAAAGAUUAAUCCCAUGAUGUUUUUGUUCCCUCCACGUACUGUUCCGUACUAAGUCAGUGUUGCUUUGUGUUAAGGACAGAUGCUGGUUGUGUAGUGUCAGCAUGUCGACGGUGACAAGUGCUGAGACGCCGGAGGAACCUAAUGCUCCUCUCCUUGAGGAAAAGCCAAAGGGAAAAUCACUAUUUAAUUUGGGCUCGCUCUUUGCUAACAGGAGUGAAAAAUUUGUAAUUGCUAGGAGUGAUAGUGUACCAGAAGAGAACGUUCUGAAAAUAACCAUCACAGAGACUACAGUCAUCGAGUCAGACUUAGGCAUCUGGAAUUCUCAUGCUCUCAUCUACCUCACUUUGUGGUUUUUCUUCAGCUUUUGCACUCUUUUUCUUAACAAAUACAUCCUUUCACUACUGGAAGGAGAGCCCAGCAUGCUAGGUGCUGUCCAAAUGCUUUCAACCACCUUUAUUGGCUGCAUAAAAAUGUUUGUUCCAUGCUGCUUGUACCAGCACAAAACGCGCAUCUCUUAUCCACCCAAUUUCAUCAUGAUAAUGCUGUUUGUUGGACUGAUGAGAUUUGCAACAGUAGUCUUAGGGCUCGUCAGCCUGAAAAAUGUGGCAGUUUCAUUUGCAGAAACAGUUAAAAGCUCUGCACCUAUUUUUACGGUUAUCAUGUCUCGGAUGAUAUUAGGGGAAUACACUGGAUUGCUGGUUAAUCUCUCUCUCAUUCCUGUUAUGGGUGGGCUAGCUCUGUGUACAGCUACUGAACUCAGUUUCAACAUUCUAGGUUUCUCAGCAGCUUUAUCUACUAACAUCAUGGACUGUUUGCAGAAUGUCUUUUCCAAAAAAUUACUCAGUGGAGAUAAAUACAGAUUUUCGGCCCCAGAGCUUCAGUUCUAUACAAGCGCUGCUGCAGUGGUUAUGCUUAUUCCAGCUUGGAUAUUUUUCAUGGAUGUGCCGGUGAUUGGGAAAAGUGGAAGGAGUUUUAGUUACAACCAAGAUGUUGUUGUACUUCUCUUAAUAGACGGAGUCUUGUUCCACCUGCAAAGUGUUACAGCCUAUGCCCUGAUGGGAAAAAUUUCUCCUGUGACUUUCAGUGUUGCUAGUACUGUGAAGCAUGCACUGUCAAUCUGGCUCAGUAUUAUUGUGUUUGGUAACAAAAUCACAAGCCUCUCAGCCAUUGGGACUGUUCUAGUGACGGUGGGAGUUCUGCUUUAUAACAAGGCAAAGCAGCAUCAGCAGGAAACUAUACACAGCCUGGCAGCUGCAGCCCCACAGCCCGCACCAAGUACAACUGAAGAUACUGAGCCACUGAUUGCCAAGGAUUUGAAACCAUAUGACUGAUACGGUCGCUGAUUCUCACGACCCAGUGCAGCUCAAAGGGGCUCUCCCCAGAAGUGAUUGUUUCUGCAGCUCUUGACGCUGACGUGGUUCCUUGGAGGUGCACAGCAAGUCAGGCCUGGGACUUGAAGCAGAGAGAGAACGACGAGGAGAACCCAGGAAGCCUUGAUGUGCUGAGAAACUGAAAUAGCAAAAGGCUUGGUGUCAUUUAAUGUGGUGAACGUGGGCUUUUUGAUCUCUCGACUGCAAAAAAACCACACAAGCCUCUAUUAGAGACAGAACUUUGGCGUCUUGUGGGAAAAUCAUUACUUCCUCCUUGCCCAGGAAAACAAUGUGAAAACUUUGACCCGUCUCUGUAUUCGGCUUUCUUGCAGUGGGAUGAAAUUUCAAAGUGUUAGUUACUGUCUGCCGCAUCCUCCGUCACCUGUUUGUGUUGCAGAGCUGGAAGAAGGAACCUGCCCCUUCCCCAGCUCUCGUCUCAGCAAGUGGUUUAUUUUGGUAACGCCCUUGUUGAAGUAAACUACAGACACGAGUCCCUGCCUCAGAGCACCGUGAGCCGCUGUCUCCAGCUACAAAGCUAGCAGUGGGAAGUCAUUUUUUGGCUGAAACUCAAAAGGGAAAUAUUUCAUCCUGGUUUUGUAUUUACAGUAUUGAAAUGCGAAUACACAGACAUACUUGCACUGUGUAACCGGUGCUGAAGUACGGAUUUGCAGUUGCUUGCAGAUUAUCACCAGAAUCUGUGAUUUUGGUGAUGAUAAGCCAGGAUACCUGUAUUUCUAUCAGAAACCAUUUUAAUGUCUGAAUUUCCUGCCUUUUGUUAUGUGUUUUUUAAUGAGGAAGUGAGCUGUUACUUUGUAGCAUUAUUUCCAGGACUGCAACAAGAAUGCUGCCUUUCAGAAACUCAGGGUUAUGACCCUACGUGCAAAGUAUUCCUGACAUUUCCAGUUAUGUGAAGAAUCUCGGGGGUAUCUGACAGAGCUGGAAGGGGACCAUGAACUGAGGCUGAUCUGAGAGUUCUUCCUUUUUUGGAGAAGUUACAUUUCGUGGCUGAUCAGAGGUUAAAAGCCAACUUUUUGCCUUCCCUUUAAGGAAACCUUACAUUUUAUUCGUUUGUUUUUGCAAAAAAAAGGGCACGUGUACCCACAGAAACCAUCACAUGGGCUUUUUUUGGUAACACAAUGAACAAAAUAAGCUGACUUUUAAUAAUUGCCUCCCUCUUGAAGGAGUGUAGCUUGGCGUCAGAAGCCCGGAUAAAGUGUUCCUUAGGGUAAAAUACAAUUCCUAAAAGGAAGUUGCAGGGGGAGUUCUCAGGACACCUCAGCUCCUGCUCACGUUUCCCACGUGAGAUAUUCCAUGAGCCUGAGUCAGCUGCUCCUGGGGAGGGCAAAAAUGUGUCCCUGGGGAAGCCUGGCCUCAGGCUCUGUUCCAAUAGCAGCAGGUGCUUGGUGUCCUGAUGGCUCCCAGGGUUGCAUUCCUGUAGGUGGCUGGUUGCUUGGAGCAGGAGGGAAAUGCCAGUUUGUCACCGUUGUGCGAUGUCUGUUCCGUUGUGUUCUUUUGGUGCGUUGUCAUUGCUCGUACUGCUUGCAAAGAGCUGUGGUCUGUGAAAUGGAGAUCCGUUUGUCGGGUUUGUUCUUUAUGCUUUUCAAGAAUCUGUGUAUUUGGCAGAAAACAAAGCCCGUCGUGCA